AUGUCAACAACACAGCAAUUUUCUACAAACACGUCGACUACACAACAAUCAACUUCAAAAGAGUCGACAACAGAAGAUUUAACAACAAAAGACGAGUUAACUACUAUUCCAUCAACUACAAAACAAUCAACAACAGAGGACUCGUCUACAGGAGACGGGUCAACCACAGAUGCGUCAACAACACAAGAAUCAACUACAGGUGCAGCUACUACACAACAGCCUACGUCAACAAAGCAGUCAACAGAACAAUCAACAACAGCAGACCAAUUGACGACCAUUUCCUCAACUACACAACAGUCAACUACAGUUGAGUCUACAUCUAUAGACGAGUCAACGACAAUCAUGUCAACAACGCAGCAAAUUUCUACAGACAAGUCGACUACACAACAAUCAACUUCAAAAGAGUCGACAACAAAAGACGAGUUAACUACUAUUCCAUCAACUACAAAACAAUCAACAACAGAGGACUCGACUACAGGAGACGGGUCAACCACAGAUGCGUCAACAACACAAGAAUCAACUACAGGUGCAGCUACUACACAACAGCCUACGUCAACAGAACAAUCAACAACAGCAGACCAAUUGACGACAAUUGCGUCAACUACAAAACAAUUAACAACAGAGGUCUCGACUACAGGAGACGGGUCAACCACAGGCGCGUCAACAACACAAGAAUUGACUACAGGUGCAUCAACUACACAACGGUCUAUGUCAACAGAACAGUCAACAGAACAAUCAACAACACCAGAUCAGUCAGCAACAAUUUCCUCAACUACACAACAGUCAAUUACAGUUGUGUCAACAUCUAUAGACGAGCUAAUAACAAGCAUGUCAACAACACAGCAAUUUUCUACAGACAAGUCGACUUCACAACAAUCAACUUCAAAAGAGUCGACAACAGAAGAUUUAACAAUAAAAAACGAGUUUACUACUAUUACGUCAACUACAAAACAAUCAACAACAGAGGACUCGACUACAGGAGACGGGUCAACCACAGAUGCGUCAACAACACAAGAAUCAACUACAGGUGCAGCUACUACACAACAGUCUACGUCAACAGAACAAUCAACAACAGCAGACCAAUUGACGACGAUUGCGUCAACUACAAAACAAUCAACAACAGAGGACUUGACUACAGGAGACGGGUCAACCACAGGCGCGUCAACAACACAAGAAUUAAUUACAGGCGCAUUAACAACAAAUGAAGAGUUAACUACUAUUCCAUCAACUACAGAACAAUCAACAACAGAGGACCUGACAACAGGAGACGGGUCAACCACAGGCGCGUCAACAACACAAGAAUUGACUACAGGCGCAUUACCUGCACAACAAUCUACAUCAACGGAACAGUCAACGGAACAAUCAACAACACCAGAUCAGUUGACGACAAUUUCCUCAACUACACAACAGUCAACUACAGUUGAGUCAAUAUCUAUAGACGAGCCAUCAACAAGCAUGUCAACAACACAGCAAUUUUCUACCGACAUGUCUGCUACACAACAAUCAUCUUCAAAAGAGUCGACAACAGAAGAUUCAACAACAAAAGACGAAGUGACUACUUUUACGUUAACUACAAAACAGUCAAUAACAGAGGACUCGACUACAGGAAACAUGUCAACCACAAGUGCAUUAACUACACAACAAGUGACUACAUUUGCCUUAACUACACAACAGUCAACUACAGUUGAGUCAGCCUCUUUAGACGAGCCAACGACAAACAUGCCAACUUCACAACAAUCAACUUCAAAAGGGUUGACAACGAAAGAAUUAACAACUGCAAACCAAUCGACUAUUAAUUUAUUAACUACUCAACAAUCAACAACAGAGGAAUUUGAUAAUGAAAAACCAAUGAUUGUUUCUUGUAAUGAUGAAGGCAUUCGUCAGGGAACAGACAACGGCUUUAGCACAGCACGCGUGACAUGGAUUGACCCAAAUGUUACGGACAAUUCAGGCUUUGAUAGACUUACUAUUACGAGUAAUUACCAAUCAGGUAUACUCCUGGCGGUAGGCUUUUAUAAUGUAACCUACACAUAUUCCGAUAUAGCAGGAAACAACGCUACCUGUACAUUCAAUGUAGAAGUUUAUGAUGACGAACCACCAACACUCACCUGCCCUGAAAACCAAGUGCAUCAGCUGUCAGUAGGGGAAUCUACCAUCGCAGUAAAUUGGACCGAGGCGACAGCAACAGACAAUGUGCAGUUAUUGAAUAUAGAGUUGAUAUCAUUGAUCAAACCGGGAAAAUAUGGGACCGGUAGUUAUGAAGUUCUAUUUGCAGCAACAGAUAUUUAUAACCUCACAGCCACUUGCUCAUUCUCAAUUACUAUUGAAGGUACACAAUGUCUAUUUUAUACGCCUACAUACAUAGUUCAGUGUAAUAAACAUUCACCUAUAUCACAAUGCCUACAUUUGUCGCCUUUCACAUAUUCGUUAUUCAAAUUAAUUUUUAUUCAUGUAUUGUAACGUAAAUGCUCGAAUAAGCGCCGCUUUCGAUUAACCGCUCUCGAAUAAGCGCCACACUAAACAUGAUUU